AUGAGAGUCCUCGAUUCCCCCUCAAACGCUUUGCUGGACUUUGACCGGGUGGACGCGGCCGAGUUUCUCGACAAGGGCCUCAACGACAGUGUCGACGACAUGCCCACCGUGAACUACAACUGGCAAGCCAAGGCCACCCAGGGUCCAGUGCCUGGGUGUGCAGGGUCUGUGGACCCGCUGGCAGGCUUGAUGGAUAUCCCUGUUGGCGCGUCAUCAAGCCCACCUUCGUCUAGUGUCCACCCCGCCAUGGACUAUGUGGCUCACUCCGACUCGGUCUCGUUCCUUGCCCCCGAGAGCUAUUUAUCGAGCCGCCGCGCCUCGUGCGUCAGCGAUACUGUUGGCUCAGUCUAUGCGUGGUCUUCUCCUUCCAACACAGACUUUUUGACAGCUCCUUCGCCGCCGGUUGACCCCUCUGUCUGCUCGGGCACACACUCGCCAUUCAUGCAAUCCUACUACCCCACUGGGCCCUCGCAGCCCGCUCUGGUCCAUCCCCAGCUGCAAGAGUAUACAGCGCAGCAAAUCGACAAGUGGUGUAUUGAGAGCGACCCUGCUGCCCUCCAAUUCUCUCGCUUUCCCCCAUCUACCGACCUGCCCCUCCACACCUACCCCGAUUUCAGUGAUGGCUUGACCACCGCCGAAUCCUGGCUGCCGCUGCCCGCCUUCACAGGGCCCUCAACCUCGACAGCAUCGACCGCGGCACCGGACCACUUCCUCGCCCCGUCCCCACUCUUCCCAUCCACUGCGCCUGUCUCCAUUGAGUCGUCCUCUGUCCUCAGCGACUCUCCUGCCCCAACCCUUUCUGACCUCGACUCCCCACCAUCCCGUGCACGCCCCUCAUCACCCUCGAACCCAGCGGACCUCUCCCGCUACGGUAUCCCCACCGGCGACGGCGCCUGGCGCUGCGCCCACCCAGGUUGCUCGUCCCAAGCCCUGUUUCGCCGGGGCUGUGACCUGCGCAAGCACUUUAACCGGCAUCGCAAGCAUUUGUUCUGCCGCCAUGAGAACUGCCCGCAAUCUGUUCAAGGCGGGUUCUCGAGCAAGAAAGAUCGCGCGCGCCACGAGGCCAAGCACAACCCUGGCAUUGUGUGCGAGUGGGAUGGCUGUGGCCGCGUGUUUAGUCGCGUCGACAACAUGAAAGACCAUGUGCGCCGGAUCCAUCGCAAAGUUGGCUCUCGAUGA